CGAGAAUAUUUCUCCCAAACUGAUGAAAGGGCGGCAGCUCCCCGAAUUCCUGUUAUGGUCAAUAUGACAUCAGUAGCCACUUCUUCGAAGAGGAGUAAAAAACUCCAGUCAUCUUCUGUUCAUCAGCGCAGCUCUUCACUUGAUCAAAUACACGCAUCAAAUAAAAACGCGAUUUUGAUGGAUGAAGAGUCUGAUGAAGACGAAGAUCUUCAGUGCACAGAUCAAGAGGCUUUGACAUCAGCCAUCGGGAUUGAAGACAAAAAAACUGCCUAUGAAGAAGAAUCUAAAGACCCAAUAGAUUUGUCCAUUUUCUCCGGUAACCUUCGCCGUGACACUCGUGAUAAGGGCCGCGACUGUUGGACAUUAUCUGAUGGAAACAACUUCAGAGUUCGAAGCAAACGUUUCUGUUAUGACAAAUCCAAGGUUCCUGCAGGUAAACACCUUAUGGAUCUUGUCGCUGUAGACUGGUUCAAAGAUACAAAAAGAAUGGAUCAUGUUGUCAGAAGAAGUGGAUGUGCGGCUCAGGUUGCAGCAGAUAAAGGACUUUUCUCUAUUGUUUUUAAUCUGCAAGUACCUGGAUCAACACACUACAGCAUGGUGUUUUAUUUUGUAACUAAGGAAUUAGUACCAGGGUCUCUCUUGCAGUGGUUUGUUGAUGGGGAUGAUGAGUUCCGUAAUAGUAGACUGAAACUUAUCCCAUCAGUACCGAAGGGUUCUUGGAUUGUACGUCAGAGUGUGGGCAGCACCCCUUGUUUAUUAGGGAAGGCAGUUGAUUGCAACUAUAUUCGUGGUCCCACAUACUUGGAAGUAGAUGUGGAUAUUGGUUCCUCAACUGUGGCAAAUGGAGUCCUGGGACUCGUUGUUGGGGUUAUUACGUCACUUGUGGUGGACAUGGCUUUUCUUGUACAGGCUAAUGCGACCGAUGAGUUGCCGGAGCGGCUAAUUGGUGCGGUGAGAGUUUCUCACAUAGAAUUAUCAUCUGCUAUUGUGCCGGUGCUGGAAUCUGAUUCUUCAGACACGCUCAAAACAUAAACGGGUAUCAGUUAGUUAUAGAGGCAACAUACUAUUUCAAUCAUAUACUGCUCUGCAUUUAUUCAAUAUCUUCAACUCUGCUGAUGCAGAGAGAGAAAUACGUUUGAGAAUUGAGUCAAGUGCAGUGAAAUGAAGGUCUUCUCUCUUUUUUCGUAAUUCAUGACUAUUCAUAGAUGUGACGAGUAUUUAUUUGCUCUUCAUUGAUUGUUUGAAUGAUAUACACAUUACAGUUUGAAAAUCGUUACAUCAAGUUUAAUUAGACGCCAUUGUAAA